AUGGCGAUUCAAAAAAAGCACGGCAAAGGCCGUUUGGACAAGUGGUACAAACUUGCCAAAGAAAAAGGCUACCGUGCUCGUGCCGCCUUCAAGUUGAUUCAGUUGAACAAGAAGUAUGGAUUCUUGGAAAAGAGCAAAGUCUUGCUGGAUCUUUGCGCUGCGCCAGGUUCAUGGUGUCAAGUUGCAGCAGAGGUUAUGCCAGUCAACAGUUUGAUUGUUGGAGUCGACCUGGCGCCCAUCAAGCCCAUUCCUAGAGUCAUCACCUUCCAGAGCGAUAUCACUACAGACAAGUGUCGUGCUACCAUCCGCCAACACUUCAAGACUUGGAAGGCAGAUACGGUUUUGCACGAUGGUGCUCCCAAUGUUGGUACUGCUUGGGCUCAGGAUUCUUUCAACCAAGCAGAACUCGCACUUCAGUCCAUGAAACUCGCGACUGAAUUUCUUGCCGAAGGAGGAACUUUUGUGACCAAGGUCUUCAGAUCCAAAGAUUACAACCCGCUCCUAUGGGUGCUGAAUCAAUUGUUCACUAAAGUCGAAGCCACUAAACCCCCCUCGUCUCGAAACGUCUCGGCCGAAAUUUUCGUCGUUUGUCGCGGAUACAAAGCACCCAAGCAUAUCGAUCCUCGCUUCUUGGACCCGAGAUCAGUCUUUGCAGAGCUUUCCGGCGCCACCCCAAACAAUGAAGCCAAGGUCUAUAAUCCAGAGUUCAAAGAAAUUGCGGCAAGCAGUUUCAUCCAGACAAAUGAUCCCAUAGCCAUUCUUGGUUCCUACAACAAGCUCUCCUUUACUCAGGCGCCCAAUGGCGACAUUGCGCUUGCUGCUCUGGAUAAGCUGCCCGAGACUACUGCGGAGAUUCGGGAAUGCUGUGCCGAUUUGAAAGUUCUUGGGCGCAAGGAAUUCAAACUUCUUCUCAAAUGGAGAUUGAGGGUGCGAGAAAUCUUUGGCCUCUCACAGAAAAAGUCAGCAGAUACUGCUGAAGCCGAGGAAGUGGCUGGGGUAGAAUCAAUGGACGAGGAGUUGCGAAUACAAGAAGAACUACAAGCCCUGAAGGACACAGAGAAUUCCAAGAGGAAACGAGAGAGGCGCAAGGAGAAUGAACAAAAGCGCAAAGAGAUCAUUAGGAUGCAGCUGAAUAUGAUGGCGCCUAUGGAUAUUGGUAUGGAAGAAUCGGGACCGCUGGGAGAGGGAGCCAUGUUUUCUCUAAAGACUAUUGACAAGACUGGUGGCAUGAACCGUUUCUCCCGGGGCAAAAUGGCCGUAUCAAAUUCGAAAGACUCAAAAGAUGUCGACCAAGGUAUCUCCACAGAGCCAGUUGAGAGCGACAGCGAAGAAGACGGGCUGGAGACUGAGCUCGAUGCCAUGUACGAACAAUUCAGAGAGCGCAAACUGGAAGCGGACACCAAGUACCGGGCCAAAAAGGCAAGAAAGGAGCACAAAGAUGACGAGUGGGAGGGUCUUUCAGCAGGUGAAGAGGCAGAGAGUGACGCAAGCGAGCUGGAGGAAGAUGACGACUCAUCCGAUGACGAUGAAGACGGUUCACUACCUACAAACGGAUUCUUAACGGAUUUAGAUGGCCAGACAGGGGAGACUCAAGACGGCUUAUCCAAAAAGGCAUCCGCUUUCUUCAGCCAGGAUAUCUUCAAAGAGAUAACUGGAGGCUCUCUUCUUGGGGGAGAGGAUGAUGUGACGAUUGAGGCAUCCAGUACGACUACGCGCUCACAAGUGCUGCCCACGCGGACAGCAACACAAAAAGCAUCUCUGAAUGAACAGGAAGAUGAUUCAGAGAAUGACGGUGGGUUCGAGGUCGUUAAGGUGGAUGAUGAUGACAAUUGGGAAGACGAAGAGAGGCGACGAGCAGAUGGAAGACCUGACAUUGAUAUCAUCACGGCCGAAGCAAUGACUCUAGCACACCAACUGGCCACGGGACAGAAGACAACCCACGAUGCUAUCGACGAUGGUUUCAAUAAGCGCGCAUUUCGCGACAGGGAUGGAUUGCCCGAGUGGUUCAUUGAUGACGAGGGUAAACACGACAAGGCCCUGAAGCCAAUAUCAAAGGCAGCAGCCAAUGCCAUCAAGGAGAAACUAAGAGCCUUCAACGCCCGACCGAUCAAGAAGGUUCGAGAAGCAAAGGCACGAAAGAAAUUCAAGACGGCCCAGAAGCUGGAGAAGCUGAAGAAGAAGUCAGACAUGCUUGCUGCUGAUGAAGGCAUGACGGAGAAGGAAAAGGCGGAGAGCAUAUCCAAGCUUAUUAGCAGGGCGAACCGUCAAAAGCCUCGACAGCCAGCCAAGCUCGUUGUUGCCAGGGGAUUAAACAAGGGUAUCCAGGGCCGACCAAAGGGUGUCAAGGGACGGUACAGAAUUGUUGAUGCCAGGAUGAAGAAGGAGCUGCGAGCACAAAAGAGAAUUGCAAAGAGGAAGAAAUAA